AUGGAAGCUAGAUCAAGGGAAGAGGCUUUAAGGAUGGAGGCUAGAACCAAACAAUUGGUAGAGGCUGAGAGGGAACAUUUACUAAGUCAGCUUUCCCACCUCAUCCCCAAUUUUGAUCCAAGCAUGCUUAAACCGAAAACUAGCCCCUGUCAAAACCAAGGUCUAGAGCAAAGUCCCAAAAUUCCAAUGUCUGAUAAAGCAAGCUGCUCUGGGGCUGAUGUGAGAUCCCUACAUUUAGAGGAUGAUACUGCCAAAAAUGGGGAACAGCAGGAAGAAACGAAAAAAGAUGAAGGCAAAAAGGAAGACACAAAUGAUGAAGAGAAGAAAGAAGAAAAACAAGAUGAAGAAAAGCAUGACGAGGAGGGUAAUGAAGUAGUUGAUUAUUCAAAUGUGGAGGUGCCAUCUUCCUUACAAUCCCUUUGUCGUUAUGUGGAAACUACACUAAAGCCACAGGGGAAGAUCAUGACCUUCAACAUUGAGAAGGAGGUGUUUGGUGCAGAUCGAGGUACCUUCGUCUUGCAUGAAGAUAUUACACAGUUUGCAGGCAUGGAAGAAAUUGGGGCUACUGUGGUUGCAGUAUAUAUGAGGUGCUUAUAUGAUCUUUUGAGAGAAGCAAAUAUGUGCAGCAUGGUUGGCUUUAUCGACCCUGCUCAAGUUAGUGCCAACGCUGGGUCACUAACUGACAGAUCACGAAUUGUAGCCAGUCGACUUCAGAAAACAGAUGGUGAACAGAUUUUCAUGAUGCCUUACAAUCCAGGCCGUCAUUGGGUCUUGCUGAUUGUGAGAGCAAAGAGGGAAACCGUCUAUUUUCUGGAUCCUCUGCCUGGAAAUCGUGUGGUUGAUGAGGAGGGCAAAAACAUCGUGAACAGUGCUUUAAAAAUUUAUAAUUCCCACAUAGGCAGACCAGGCCGUAAAGCACCAAUUUGGAAAACUCUGCCAGGCACACCAAAGCAACCCAGCAGUGUCGAAUGCGGGUAUUAUGUGAUGCGCUUCAUGAGGGACAUCAUCAUGGAUCCUUCCUUGGAGUUUGAGAAGAAGUUUGCCAAGGGAAAAGAUCAAGCGCCAUACCCCCAAGCAGCCAUUGAUGAAGUCCGGAAAGAAUGGGCAGAGUUUGUUUGCCUUCAUAUGGAUUAG